AUGCUGUCCAGGAAGGGGAUCAUCCCAGAGGAGUACGUGUUGACCCGUCUGGCCGAGGAUGUCCCGGAUCACACGCGCCACCGGACCCGGGAGCGGCGGGCCAGGUUCGUGGGCAAAAACGGGGCGUGCAAUGUGGCGCACAAGAACAUCCGGGAGCAGGGCCGCUUCCUGCAGGACGUCUUCACCACCCUGGUGGACCUGAAGUGGCCCCACACGCUCAUCAUCUUCACCAUGACCUUCCUGUGCAGCUGGCUGCUCUUCGCUAUGAUCUGGUGGCUCAUCGCCUUCGCCCACGGGGACUUGGACCACAACACCCAGCAGCUGCACCUUCAAGCCGGGCUCGAGGGCCGGGAGGCGGCGGCGGCGGCCCCCUUUGUGCCUUGCGUAACCGACAUCCAAUCCUUCACCUCCGCCUUCCUCUUCUCCAUCGAGGUGCAGGUGACCAUCGGCUUCGGGGGCCGCAUGGUGACGGAAGAGUGCCCCGUCGCCAUCCUCAUCCUCAUCGUGCAGAACAUCGUGGGGCUGGUGAUCAACGCCAUCAUGCUGGGUUGCAUUUUCAUGAAGACCUCGCAGGCGCACCACCGCGCCGAGACGCUCAUCUUCAGCAAGCACGCCGUGAUCGCCCUCCGCGGGGGGAAGCUCUGCUUCAUGCUGCGCGUGGGCGACCUGCGCAAGAGCAUGAUCAUCAGCGCCACCAUCCGCAUGCAGGUGGUGAAGAAGAGCACCAGCCAGGAGGGCGAGGUGAUGCCCCUCAACCAGAUCGAGAUCCAGAUGGAGAACCCGGUGGGAGGCAAUAGCAUCUUCCUGGUCUCCCCGCUCAUCAUUUACCACGUCAUAGACCGGAAUAGCCCCCUGUACGAGGUGGCCCCCACCAGCCUCACUCACCACGAGGACCUGGAGGUGAUUGUCAUCCUUGAAGGGGUGGUGGAAACCACGGGCAUCACCACCCAAGCCAGGACCUCCUACCUCGCCGAUGAAAUACUUUGGGGCCAAAGGUUUGUGCCUAUCGUGACGGAGGAGGAUGGACAAUACUCCGUAGACUAUUCCAAGUUUGGCAACACGGUGAAGGUGCCCACUCCAAACUGCACAGCCAAGCAACUGGAAGAAGACCGGAGUAUCAUGGACACUAUAUCCUUGUCACCCAAAGGCACCAUCAGGAAAAGGUCUGUCAGGUUAAAGCCCAAAUUUACCAUAUCUGAGGAGACCUUAUGACAACUCGGUGGACUUGCUUGUGACAGCAGGCAUAAGAGACUUGGAGGCAGCCUCUGUUUCAUUUUUCAGGUUGGUUCCAUCGGUAUGUGGACUACAUGUAAUGUUUGUGGUGCAAGACAAAGUGCGCGACUCAGGGUAUAAUGUCAGGAAAACUGAGUGUGCAUAAAGCUUUCUUCUGUACUGUAUUUGCACUUGAGAUAGGUAAACCUCUCAAAAAGAUAGACAUCUCUUUUUUUUUCUUCUUGAGAAAUUAUUUUGGGAUUGAAUUAGCUUUUUUCCACAAUGAAGAGGCACUUACACUGUAAUCAGCUAUUUAUACUUACGAAAAGACAGUAUAGGCGCAAGGGUGCCCAUUGAGGUGGCGAUGCUAUACUGAAUGAAUAAAUGUAUUGAUUUAAUUCAUAAAUGAUAACUGCAUGCUUUCUUUUAUUGCCAGUGGAUUAGGAGGUAUGUUGGCUUAUGGAUAUGCAAUAGAUGAUAUAAUAAAGUUAAUUCCACAUGUUGUGUUAGGAUAUAAGGGGGAAAAAGAUUUUUUUUUUAAAGUAGAUAAUUAGGAGGGAAAGCAGUCACAGUUGUGAUCUGCAAAAGAAAAAAAUGAAUUUCUGAGUAGUAAAAUCCUAUCCAGAUCUACUCAAAAGUAAGUUCCACUGAGUUCAGGAGGGCUUAUUUUUAAAUCAGUGAAUAUAGGAUUUUAACUUCAGUGGGUUUAGAGUCACCUUUUAGUCACCUUUUGCUGCUAUCCCAAUCUUUUUACUGUAAAAUUAAACACUGUAUAUUAUUUGUAUGAAUAAUAUUAAAUUAAUGUGGGGCACUUUUAUAUAACUUAACUGCAGGAGUAGCUCCUUCUGUAUGAAUGUUAUAACCAAAAAUUGAUCUUUCCAACUUUUUGAAAAAGGAUAACAUUUGAAAAAAUAUGGAUAUUUUUAAGGAAAGAAUACUGGGUAACCAACUGGUUUUUCAUCUUCCUCGUUGCCUUGAUUUUCAGUUCCAAUAAUAUUCACUGACAAAUAGAAGCAGUAGGGUUGACAUAGGUGAUCCUAGCUGUCAUGUGAAUUCUCAUCUCUAUUGAAUGACAUCAUUUAACAAGCUUGCAUCAAAUUUUAUUUAUUUUAAUUGAUGGUUUUUUAAAAACCCUGCAAUGUUGGACCUGGAUGAGGGAGAACCAAGAUUCAAAUUCUACUCAACCAUGAAAUUCCCUGCUAACCUUGGGCCAGUGACUUUUGCUGUAGCCAUACCUACCUCACUGAGUUCUAUCUAUGCUGCCUUGUCUCUUUGGAGUGAAAGCAUGCUAGAAAUAAAAUAAAUAUAUGUUAUAUUAAUUGGUACAGAAUGAGGACAUAUUGAGGUGGGGGGCAAUUAACCAGUUUACCAGAAUAGGUCAGGAACUUAAUUAAUCUAACAGAUGUACAAAGGUUAGAAACAUUAAAUUCCAUAAUUUAUUGCUAGUAUACAGUUAAGGAUUAGGCAUGGUGAUGUUAUCAAAAAAAGAUGUUACUUUAUUUACCAAACAGCAUACUAUAUGCACUGAACUCCAAAGAUAAAGUCUUAAUGUAUUUAAAAUUAGCAUGUAUAUAUUUAAUUAUAAUUGCAUGCCUUAGUUUUUACUUGUAAUAAUAAGGCAAUAUUUUUAUGUCAUCAGUAAAUCAGAAAUGUCUGUAACAUGGAAUAAAGUGGCAUAACCAUGUUAAUUUUAUAGACCAAUAACCCCAAAAUAAAAAGUGCAUUUGUUUAAAAAAAAUACUAAAG